GCCCGAGCCAGUUUGCUCCGCAGCGUUCCCGCUAUUAGUUGUGUGCCACGACCUUCUACUAACCAUUGUCACUCCAAGUGCCCGGUCUCUGAAACCAUUGGUGACAUUUCGCCAUCCCCGCCCCGUGCAAUUUUCCUCCUAACACGAAAAGUGCUAAUAUUUGCGCGGAAAUCGGUGCCUCAUCCCGCCUAUAUUUAUGUUGUGGUGUGGUGAAUAUUUGUGCCGUCCGAACGAUUACCGGAUUGUCUGUGUGUUCCACUUUGUGGAUAUUCGCGAUCAUCGACUGUUCCAAGAAGAUUGACGAAGGUGCGGCACUCGAACGAGCGCCACGGAUGAGUCGCGCAGGGCGGCUUGCAAUGAGCUUCUAAGAGGAGAGAUGGUGGGAGUGGGUGUCGCGGAGGGUGCUGCGGCUGCCGCGGCGGCGGCGCCCGACGCGUACUACGGCGAGUACUACGGGCCCGAGUACUACGGGCCGCCCGACAUGGGUCUCCCGCAGCAGCAUGCGCAGCACGCGCACAUGUGCACCGUGCACGCGGACUACGGUGGCAUGCCUGUAGUAACUUCAGCAACCAUGAUGCCGCAACUAAUGCCACCCGUGUUAGAUGAAGGGAUGCGGCAUUAUUUGGUUGCGCAUCCUCAUCCUCAGCACGCUCAUCAUGCGCCGCAUCACCAGGCUCAUCACCAGCCGACCCAUCACCAGCCACCGCCUCAUCACCAGCCGCCACUUCCAUAUGGUCCAACAAAUGGGGCAGCGGGUCCCCAACAUUACUAUGGGCCGGGGUACUCUGCACACUUUCACCAUGUUCCUCCGCACCACAUGCAGCACUCACCACCACCUCCUGUAUAUCAAAAAGAUGAACGAACUCAGAGGAGGUACUCCAAGCUGAAGCAAAAGCUGGAGCGAAAACAAAAUAACAGGAAUAAUGGAACAGCGGAUAUCAAUUCAGGUGCCAGUACACCGUCACUAUCCCCACGAAAGGAAUUAAAUGGCCGGGGUGGAGGAAGUGGUGGAGCAUCAUCGGGCACAUGGUCAGAGGGUGAAGGUUCUUCAGCCGGUGCAUCAGUACAGGGAGAUGAUGAAAAUGAUACUCAAGCACUACUAGAUUUGUUAUCUGGUACACGGACACCACAGGUUAGUGAUAUGACACCGACAAGUGCACUGGUGCAGUGGAACUCGCCAAUACCUGAAGGAGUCACACUCCCUAAUGUUGAAUUAACUUAUGACUUAUUGCUGGGAGAUCGAGGACGAUAUAAAGCCAUUUACAGUGGCCCUUCACUUUCAUGCAGGGUGAGGGAUCUGCGUCCAGGCUGCGAGUAUUCAGUGUGUUUGCAAAUCCGUGCAGGCGAGCUCAUCGGAGCAGCGAGCGAGGCCGCCACCUUCCGGGCGCCCGCGGCGCCGCCUGACCGAGUCGCCCCCGCGCGCGUCUCGCAACGCACCCGCACCUCGCUGUGCCUGCGGUGGCCUUCCGCCGCAGACAACGGCGCAAAAAUCACUCACUACAUCCUAGAAAUGGAUUCCGGCGAAGGAUUCGUCGAAUUGACACGGCCUCGAACACGGCAGCACACCGUGAACAACUUGCGGUCGCAGACCAGGUACCAGUUCCGUGUGGCCGCGGUCAACGAGUGCGGACGAGGCGAGUGGAGCGAGGAGACCGUGGAGUGGACGGCUGGAGCCCCGCCGCCGGCGCCCGCGCCGCCCGCUCUCACCGCCUGCACCUCCGGCGUGAUCGGGCUGGCGUGGGAACGACGCACCGACGAAGAAUUCACUCUUCAAAUGGAUGACGCGACUCGGGGUCACGGGUUCCUCCCCAUCUACAGCGGCCCGGACUGCACCUAUUCCUGCGAGGGUCUCAGACGAGCCACCGACUACCGAUUUCGUUUGAGAUGUGAAACGACCGAUGGACAAGGCCCUUGGUCGAUCGAGGUCACGUACCGCACACUGCCUGAAGUACCAGGUCCGCCCGGACGACCCUCCACUAAGGGCAAAGUGCAUUCUCGAUCGUUUCGAGUGAAAUGGGACGCGCCGACGGAAGAUGGAGGUGCCGACGUAGAGUCUUAUACUCUCGAGCUGGACGACGGGGAGGGCUAUCGACAGGCAUACCAUGGACCCGAAAAGGAAGCGCAUUGUGAUAGACUGCAACCGGGGACUCCGUAUCGCACUAGGGUGCGAUGUACGAACGCCGCCGGAGACAGUGACUGGUCGGUGACCGAGACUCUCUCGACGGAAGUGACAACACCCGGCGCCAGCGAUUGCCCUCAACUAGUCUCGGAACCGCGCGCCUCUGUUGUCUCUGUUCGUUGGAAAUCCCCUGAAUGUACCGGUGGUGCGGCUCUUACCGAAUACCGAGUGGAACUAGCGGGUGAGGAUGGGGCAGUCCGCCUGGCCUACACUGGUCUGCAAUGUGAAUGCAUAGUGAGAGAUUUGGUCCCCGGUUGUCAGUACCGGCUGUGGGUGACGGCCUGCAACUCUGUCGGCGCGGGUCCUCCCUCCGCCGCCCUUCGAUUUACAACCAAACCUGCGCCACCCGACGCUCCCGAUCUUCCAUCGGUGCGCGUCGAAAGUCCAAAGUCAGCUCGACUUUACUGGUCGACCCCGGCUUUUAACGGGGCUCCCGUUCUCGAAUACCAAGUGGAAAUGAGCGCAACCAACGUCGACGACUCCUUCGUCCAAGUGUAUCGCGGCCCUGAACUCACAUGCCUCGUCGAAAGGCUGACUCCGUUCACUCCUUACUUCUUCAGGAUUUGCGCGAACAACGCGGCCGGCCGCGGAAUUUGGUCGGGCAUUCGAGACGUCCUCAUGCCGCGCGCUCCCCCGGGGGCCCCCGCGGGCCUCCGACACGAAUCUACCGCCGAGUCUCUGAGACUGUACUGGCGAGUCCCCCCCAACCACGGGGCAGAGAUACUGUCGUAUCGAGUGAAGAUUAGAGAGGAAUUAUUCGAAACAGAGGGCGCCACUCCGGAAAGGCUGGUCGAUGGGUUGGAGCCCGACACCGUGUACGCGGUGCGCGUGGCCGCGCUCAACGAGCUGGGGCUGGGAGAGUGGUCGGAGGAGACCCGCGCGGCGACCCGGCCGCGGCCGCCCGCGCCGCCGGCGCUGCGCUGCGCCCAGGCCGCGCACAACUAUCUGCGGCUGGAGUGGACGCCGGCGGGCGAGGCCGCGCAGUACUACGUGGAGAUGCGCGGGCCGGACGCGCGGGACUUCCGGCCCGUGUACCGCGGGCCGGCGCGCUCGUGCAAGGUCAAGAAGCUGCGGGAGGCCAGCCAGUACGUGUUCCGGAUCCGGGCCAGCGACCAGCGCGGCGGCCGCGGUGGCUGGUCGCUGCCGCGCCCCGCGAGCACGGCGCCCGCGCCGCCGCCCGCGCCCGCCGCGCCCGUGGCGUCGCCGCUGGGCCCGCGCGCCGCGCUGCUCGUGUGGGACGCCGUGGAAGACGCCUCGUACGUGCUGCAGUGCGCGCGCGCUAAAGACGCCGUGUUCAAACAAAUAUACUCCGGCACCGAGUCGCAGUACCAACUGGACGAGCUGGAGUACGGCGCGGAGUACCUGGUGCGCGUGUGCGCCGUGCGCGGCGGGCUCGCGAGCGCCUGGUCGGGCGCGGGGCGCGUGGCGGCUGGGGCGGCGCCCCCCGCGCCCCGCGCGCGGCGGGCCCGCGCCGGGCGCGCCGUGUCGCCGCGGCAGGUGGCGCUGCUGAUGGCGGCCGCGUUCCUGGCGGUGGCCGUGUUGGUGGCCGUGCUGCUGCAGCGGCUGGUGGAGCCCCGCGCCUGACGCGAGCUGGCGGCCGCGCGCCCGCGGGCCCUGGCGCUGCUGUAGCAACAAGGUACGGCGCGCAAGUCCCAGUGCAAUUAUUUAGUUAGAGCGACUAUCCGAAUUGUUCCGAGCGGGACGGAUGUGGGCGUGGCUCCCGGGAGCGACCCUCGCGUCCGCCCCCUUAUUGUACAUAACUAGUAAAGGGCCCGUGUUAGCCAUCAAUAACGCAAUCGGACGAGGUUUUCUUCUCUCUUGGCGUGUCUCUGUCCUGUCGGUGUUCUAAAUUUAAGUGUACACUAAACUUAGGCGAGCUCAAAUCGAUGUUCAUAUUUAAUAGAUGCGACGUUUCCCGUCUGGCCUGUAUUCUUUCUCAUUCAUAAUUAUCGCGCACCUCCGAGUGCCGGUGAACUAAUAUACGUGUGUGUGUGGUUGCCAUUUUAAUUGUAUGAAUGUUGCGUUCUAUCGGGCGACUCUUAAUUUAAACUUUUACUAUGUCUAGUCUACUCUAUCGAUAUGUUGAUCCGUUUAUUUUAUUGGCGGGAUAUGCUUUUAUAUAUUUUAUUGUAAUUUUAAAUAAAUUCAAAAUAUUUAAACUUUAAUGAUAAUUACUAAUUAAUGUUCUUAUAGUCUCCUCUCUUCUUUAUAUGUUUCAUAUUUUUGUAAAAGUUUUCGAUUGGUCUGUUGCAUAUUUUUUUAUCAUAAUUAAGUAUAGCAAGUUAGUAAUGAAGGUGCUCUAAUGUUAAAGUUCAGUUGAGAGGGACUUGGCCCCUCACUUUGUAACGAUUUUCCAGUGUGUAUGAUGUCACAGCUGUGAUUACCCCUUAUGCGAUUGAGACUGAUUUUUUGAGAUGAAAUGCUUUCUCUAUUGAAUUGUUUUAAAUGGAUUUCAUACCAUUUUUUUAUUAAAUAUAUUACGCUAAUCAAACUACAUUACUUUGAUAUUUUACUAUUCACGGAGAACUUGUCAGCCAAAACAAAGUUCUACAUCAAAUUACUCUGAAUACUUUACACUGUUACCUAUAAUUAUAACUUUAAAUAUUUUAUGCUAAAUAGUUAUUAUUUUAGUUUUAUUUUUGAACAUGACCUUUAUUGAUGACAUUAAUGUAAUAACAUAGUAUAAAUUGUUUAUGAAUAGAAAUUAUAAAAUUUGUUGAGAUUGUGGUAUUAUAAAUCAUUAUUCUAGAUGGACCUACCUAACAUUAGGGAAAUAUAUUUCCACAGUAAAUGAAUCCAAAUGACGUAUUGCUGUUUAUUAUUUUUACUAUAAAUUGAUAUAUUAGAGACAAAUAUACACUAAUAAUCUGUUUAUCUUAACUUCCAAUAAUAUAUUUUGUAGGUAAGUAAAGUACGUUAUUCGUUUAUCAAUAGACAAUGAGAUAUUAUAUAAUAGAUGUUGUAAUGUUUCACGGUCCACUUUGAUGUUUGUCGGUGUCACUGCUCAGGAUUACUAAGUGUCGUUUAAAGUUUGAUGUGGAAUAAUGUGGUAUUAUAGUAAGUUAUAUGGAAUAUUGUAAUCAAAUAGGCCUUAAUUACAUUAAAUGUCUCGUAUUGCAAGCCGUCGGUGUAUUGUCCCGGGCAACUACCCAGAGCUUACAGUGUAUUUGUAGUGCUUGUACUCGCUGUAUAUGUGUGUCGUUACUUCUGUGAUCAGCCUAUUUUGUUCUUCGUAUCUUUAUUGGUGUUAUUAGAAACAUUCCUAGGUGUAUUUAUUCAUCUUUUUAAAUGACGAUGUUGUUGAGUCGGGGAGAUUCUGUGUCGUGCCAAUUUCAUAUUAUAAGCUAUUUGUAACCGCAGUUGAUUCGUGUCUUAAAUAAUGACCUCUUUUUAUUUUUGAAAUUUUUAUAUAUGUAGCGUGCAAUCGACAAUUUAGUUAUUUUUAUCGAUUAAUAUUAUAUAGUAUUUAUUUUUAGAAAUGAAAUUAUAUUGCUUUCGAUUUGAAAUCAAGAACUUGUCGUUCCUAUAUUUUAACACUACCCUCGAAACUGUAGAAUUGCAGAUAACUUGUAAAACAGUAAGCAUUCCAACAUAAUUCCAUCUUGUAAAUAGGCCUAACGGAUUCUGUGACUAUUAUUGUAUAUUUUUCUUUUAUCAGAAUGUAAAUAAAUAUCUGAUAUAUAGGGACAUCUGUUUAGACGCGGCUACGGCCAUCUUGGGUCGAUUAUAUUAUACUUUGUUGAAACUAAAUGUUAUUUUUAAUUAAUGGCAGGUAUAAUGAACGGGGAUAACAUCUCAUAUUGUAUUUGUGUCUAAAUAAGUAUCGUAUAACGAAAUGUAUAUGUUUAUAAUAUAAUAUUUGAUGAUGUUAUGUAUACAAUUUAUUAAACAUGAAUAUAUCAAUAAAACUAUAUUUUGUGUACGACAA